AACCCAGAGGCCCUGCCCGCCAGGCCUCGCAGGCGGGCCUCCGCCGCCGCCGCCGCCGCCGCUGCCGCCCCGCCUCAAGCCGGCGGGAAGGCGGGGUCAGCUGGCCCGAAGGUCCCUGAAGAAGAGCGGAUGCGGCGGCGGGCGCUUCCUUUCCUCCUCGCUCGGCCCUCCGACCGGCCAUGGCUCCCGCCGGCGACCGCGCCGGCUACUGGGGCCCGCCGACGUCCACCCUCGACUGGUGCGAGGAGAACUACGUCGUUUCCUCCUACAUCGCCGAGUUCUGGAACACCGUUAGCAACUUGAUUUUCAUUCUCCCUCCCAUCUAUGGUGCAAUUCAGAGUUACAAAGAUGGCCUUGAGAAGCGAUAUAUAAUGGCAUACUUAUGCGUCACAGCCGUGGGCCUGGGCUCCUGGUGCUUCCACAUGACCCUGAAGUAUGAAAUGCAGCUGUUGGAUGAGCUGCCCAUGAUCUACAGUUGUUGCGUUUUUGUCUACUGCCUGUACGAGUGUUUCAAGUACAAGAAAACAAUCAACUACCCCCUCAUCUUUCUACUACUAGCCUACAGCAUUGGCGUUAGCAUAGUAUACCUAAACUGGAAGCAGCCUGUAUUCCAUCAGGUUAUGUAUGGGACGCUGGUGGCUGUUAUUGUUCUACGCUCUGUGUAUAUAGUGUUAUGGGUUUACCCCUGGCUCCGAGGGCUGGGAUACACAUCCCUGACCAUCUUUUUGCUGGGCUUCCUCCUCUGGAAUGUGGACAAUAUUUUCUGCGAGAAAUUGAGGGGGUUACGUGAAAGGCUGCCUCCGCUCGUGAGCGUUGUCACGCAGUUUCACGCUUGGUGGCACAUAUUCACGGGACUCGGUUCCUACCUUCACAUCCUGUUCAGUUUAUAUUCCCGGACACUUUACCUGAAAUACAGGCCAAAGGUCAAGUUUCUCUUUGGGAUUUGGCCUGUUCUCUUAGUAGAAUCAACGAAGAAGCCGUAAGAAGCCACCGGUCGAAUAACAACAGCCACCGGCUUUGGGGGCCUCCGACUGCCGCCUUGGAAGCUCUCGGCACAACCCCAAGAUUCCCCUUCCUUCCUUCCUUCCUUUCUCUGCUCCGGGAAGGACGAAGAAUCACAAGGGAUCGAGCGCAACGCACCUCUGCAAAACCCUCGGCGGGAGGUUCUCCUUGUGUUUGCAACUUUAAAGCUGUGUCACAAUAUUUGGGUCUCUGAAAGCCGAUGGUCUGGGGAGGCGUUGCCAGGGCACAAGCAACAUCCGUGCUUUUUUUUUUCUUCCCCCCUCCCCCAA